CCGGCCGCGCCGCCUCGUGGGCCCCCUGCCCCGGAGACAAGAUGCUGCUGUCCAAGUUCGGCUCCCUGGCGCACAUCUGCAGCCCCAGCAGCGUGGACCACCUGCCCGUGAAGAUCCUGCAGCCCGGUAAGGGCCGGGCCGGGCGGCGCGGGGGGACCCCGCUCCGCGGCGCGGCGCGGCCCCGCACCAACCCCCCCUCCCCACUGUCUCCUCCGCCCGCAGCCAAAGCCGACAAGGAGCCCUUCGAGAAAGUCUACCAGGUGGGCUCCGUGCUGGGAAGCGGGGGCUUCGGCACCGUCUACGCCGGGAGCCGCAUCGCCGACGGGCUGCCGGUCGCUGUGAAGCAUGUGGUUAAGGAGAGAGUCACCGAGUGGGGUACAAUUGCUGGCGUGAUGGUGCCCUUGGAGAUUGUGCUCCUGAAGAAGGUGGGCUCUGGCUUCCGAGGCGUCAUCAAGCUUCUGGACUGGUACGAGCGGCCGGAGGGCUACCUCAUUGUCAUGGAGCGGCCGGAGCUGGUCAAAGAUCUUUUUGACUUCAUCACGGAGAAGGGUGCCCUGGAGGAGGAGAUGGCCCGCGGCUUCUUCAGCCAGGUCCUGGAGGCCGUGCGCCACUGCUAUGCCUGUGGGGUGGUCCACCGGGACAUUAAGGACGAGAACCUGCUGGUGGACCUUCGGACGGGGGAGCUCAAGCUCAUCGACUUUGGCUCGGGCGCCCUGCUCAAGGACACAGUCUACACAGACUUUGAUGGCACCAGAGUGUACAGCCCUCCGGAGUGGAUUCGGUACCACCGCUACCACGGCAGGUCGGCAACCGUGUGGUCCCUGGGGGUUCUCCUCUACGACAUGGUCUGCGGGGAUAUCCCCUUUGAGCAAGACGAAGAGAUCCUUCGGGGCCGGCUGUACUUCAGGAGGAGGAUUUCCACUGAGUGCCAGCAGCUCAUCAAAUGGUGUCUGUCCCUGCGGCCGUCGGAUCGGCCCACCCUGGACCAGAUCUUCGACCACCCCUGGAUGCUUCGCUCGGACGUGGGGAAGUCCGAGGACUGUGACUUACGGCUGCGCACCAUCGACACGGACGUGUCCAGCACGAGCUCCAGCAACGAGAGCCUUUGAGAGAGGGAGCCGCAGCGCCCGCCGCCACGCGCUCUCUGAUCCAGGGCACAGGGCACGCUGACCGGGCAGGGCUAGGAAACCCCUCCUCCUCCAGUAGUCAAGGCCCCGGCUGAGGGGCUCAGGGCCCCUGCUGAUGGCCGGCCGCGGGUGGGCGGGCGGGCGCCGGGCCCAUCCACCCCGCCUCUCCUCCGGGAGCAGCGAGCACGCGACCUCUAGAAUCCCACGUUCAACUUCUUGGCUCUCAUAGAGCUGGGACGGAUUCCCUUGCUUCUGAGUGCCUUUCUGAUAGCUGCUUUAGUGGGGGUGGGGAGGGGGGUCCUGAGCUGCGUCUACCCAAAGAAUCAGUUCAGUCGAGGGCCCUGCCUCCUCACCUCCUGGGGCCUGGCACCCUCGCCCUGUGACUGACCCCCAGGGAGGGUACUGGCCACACACCCAUCCCUCGAUUCUCUGCUGCUCCCCCACCUUUCUGGCGGUCUGCACUGAGGCCAGACUGGGCUAGCCGCUUGGUUUCGGAAAUCAGGAAUGUCCACCCCUGUUUCCUUCGGAUCAUCUCACCUCUGGGCACAACGCCCCCUGCCUGACCCUCCCGCCCGUUGUUCCUUCCUCCCUUCAUUCAUUCAUUGGUCUUCUGCCUAAGCCCCGCCUUCUCCACUGUCCCUGCCCUUCUGGCCACCUUCUAGUCUUAAGUGUGGAUGGGCCUGUUCGAGAGGAUGCACAGAUCAAUGCAACUAGCCAGGCCUGACCCGGCCCCCGCCCCCGCCCCCGCCCCUGUCCGCGUAUUUAUGUCCGGAGUCCCCCUCGUGUAUGAUAGCGACCAUUUUUUAUUUAUUGUAUGACCAUUGAGGACAGCGGCCCGGCCUUGGUGGCCGGGCCUAUUUAUUGGGCUUAAUUUAUUGUUGAGAGUUGAUUCUGCGCCGAGCUGGCCCCCCCCUCGUGGCAGUGGCUCGACUGACCCUGAAUUCUCGCAUUCCUGUCCACUGUAUGUUUUCUUUCUGACUCCCUGUACUUGUUGGAAGAUGGAGAAUUAUUGUACAAAGCCUAAUUUAAGGGGAAUAGAAUGUCUUUUUUUUAAGUGGGGCAGGCGGCGGGCCCUUUGGCCCCGCCGCCGGGGCUUUUGUUGGCCCUUGCAGGGAGGGGGGGGAGGGUGGCAGUCAGCAGCCCCUUUAAUUUAUUUUACUCGCUGUGUUUGUGCCCAGGUCACCCUGAGUGUGGCCUGGCUUUUGGGGUUCGGUCCUUCACUUGAACAGUGUGAAAUGUAUGGAGAUCAUAUUUUUUUAUACAGGUUAUUUCAAUUAAAUUUUUUUUUUUUUUUUGUA